AUAAAAUCCAUAUAAAAUCGUGACCGUACGAUCAGUAUUUCGACUGUGUUCACGGAACAGAUGAUCACAGAUUAUUCUCAACAAUCUCAACGUGCGUGAACAGUAAACACGACGGAAAGAAUAGUAUAGUUUCCGAUUUUUUUAAAAAAAUCAGCAAGAAUGCCGUUUAUGAUAGGUAGGUCGCCUAUACGGAGGACUGUAAAUUACUUAAAUGCUGGUAGAUUAAUAUUGAAAAAUGAAAUCCAAAUAUUUUCCGUCAAUUAUAAUACACACGGGGACCAUCACAAAGGUACCAGGGAUUUUGUAUUUUGGCAUUUGAGCCAGGUUCAAUACAAGAAUCCAAAUGUGCAAGUUAUAACUUUCAAAAAUAUGACGCCCACACCGUUUAUUACAUGUUAUUACGACAAUGGAAAGAGAAUGUUAAUCGAUCUAGACAGUAGGAGUAAAGAAGAUAUACUGCAUCAUCUAACCAAAGUAGUCGGUAAAUCCAGUGAAACCUUACUGCAGGAGAGUAUAACAAUGAAGAAGAAAGACAAUCCUGCUAAUUUUGGCGUCGGUUGCCUAAGGAGUUGUAUGUGCUUAAUACCAGGCCAAGUGCCAUGUCCUGCCAUAGUACCUCUGCCUUAUCACAUGCGUGGAAAAUAUAGAAAUGGUCCGCCAGAGGAUGAAUUGUAAUUUUAAAAAUUAUAUUACAAACAAAAAAUAAAUUUUA